AAGAGAGAGACGCGAAGAGGAGAGAGAGGGAGACACUAGAGGGGGAGAGGGAGAGGGAGAGGGAGAGGGGAGUUUGUGUGACUGACAUUGCCUCCAUCCCCUUUGGGCCGCACCACCAUCAACCACCGCUAGCGACAAUUCCACAACCACCACCGCAGGCACAAGCUGGAAAUGAACCACUGAAGGUGGCUGCUCGCCGUGGCUCCGAUAUGGAGACCGAUAAGGAAAUGUCAGCUACUGUUGUUGAGGGGAAUGAUGCAGUCACUGGCCACAUAAUAUCCACCACCAUUGGAGGCAAAAAUGGGGAACCUAAACAGACCAUCAGUUACAUGGCAGAACGAAUUGUUGGAACCGGAUCAUUUGGAAUUGUUUUCCAGGCAAAGUGCUUGGAGACUGGGGAAUCAGUGGCUAUAAAGAAGGUCUUGCAGGACAGGCGGUACAAGAAUCGUGAACUGCAGUUAAUGCGAUUGAUGGAUCAUCCAAAUGUGAUUUCUCUUAAGCACUGUUUCUUCUCUACAACUAGCAGAGACGAACUUUUUCUGAACUUGGUUAUGGAAUAUGUACCUGAGACAAUGUAUCGAGUUCUAAAACACUAUAGUAGUAUGAACCAGAGGAUGCCCCUCAUCUAUGUGAAACUUUACACAUACCAAAUCUUUAGGGGACUGGCAUAUAUCCAUACUGUACCGGGAGUUUGCCAUAGAGAUGUGAAGCCUCAAAAUCUUUUGGUUGAUCCUCUCACACACCAAGUGAAGCUUUGUGAUUUUGGGAGUGCUAAAGUUUUGGUAAAGGGUGAAUCAAACAUUUCCUACAUAUGUUCACGUUACUAUCGAGCUCCGGAACUAAUAUUUGGUGCGACAGAAUACACAACUUCAAUUGAUAUCUGGUCAGCUGGUUGCGUCCUUGCCGAACUUCUUCUAGGCCAGGUUCGUAUCAUUACUCAUGCUGAAGAAGCGCCCCUCCUAAUCCCUUUUCAGUUAGUCAUUUGUAGUUGCUUAUGGUUUCGAAUGUUUCUUCAGCCAUUGUUUCCAGGAGACAAUCAGGUGGACCAACUUGUGGAAAUCAUCAAGGUUCUUGGUAGCCCAACUCGAGAAGAAAUUCGUUGCAUGAACCCAAAUUAUACAGAUUUUAGAUUUCCACAAAUUAAAGCUCACCCUUGGCACAAGGUUUUUCAUAAGCGAAUGCCACCUGAAGCGAUUGACCUUACUUCAAGGCUUCUCCAAUAUUCACCUAGUUUUCGAUGUACUGCGCUGCAAGCAUGUGCACAUCCUUUCUUUGAUGAGCUUCGUGAACCUAAUGCCAGACUGCCUAAUGGCCGCCCGCUGCCCCCGCUUUUCAACUUUAAACAGGAACUGUCCGGAGCAUCACCUGAACUGAUCAGCAAGCUCAUCCCAGAGCAUGUCAGGCGGCAGAGCAUUCUGGGCUUCCAGAUUCCACCUGGUACAUAGAUGUAAAGAGAAGAGAAAAUGGAGUAAACCAAUCUAGUGAUCAACAAGAAACAAGAAACAAAGGAGGGCCUAUCUUGGGUCAUAAGUGGGGGUUCUGGCGCUAUUUGCAGUUUUUGUCCCCAUGUGAGGAUGUAUACAUGUAGUGGCUCCGUGGCAUAGCCUGGAAAUUGGUGAUUGUCUAAUAUGUCAUUUUAGUUAAAAGGCAUACUUAUUUACUGCAUCUGUACAUUGUUUUUGAUCAGAUCCCAGAAAGCUAGGAGUAUAGAAUGUUGAUCGAAUUCGCUUCUGCAUAGGUAGUGGCUGCCAGAGCCUGCCAGGAAAUCAGGGGGCCUCGGCCGUAAGUUUGUGUUGCUUUUUUUACAUGAUCAUAUUCAUGGUGUUGUUUCUAUUCAUGCAUGUCAAUCUUGGGUUCGAAGCUA